UAAGAGCUGGCUAGGGGGUGUGGUAACAUCUGUUGCUGGCCGAGAAGCAGGAAGACUAGGGAAGAUGGCGGCUGGGGAGCCGGUGGUGCGGCCCUGGGAGAGGAGCGGCUCAAGGACGUGGUGAGAGGAUGGACAACAGCGGGGGAUUAUGGGAAAGGAAGGAGGACUCGGGGCGCCUGGGUUCUGGUUUCUAUGGAGCGUCCUGAUCCUUCUGAGCUGCUGUUGUGCCUACCGACACCGCCGUGCAAAACUGCACCUGCAGCACCAGCAGAGACAGAGGGAGAUCAACCUGAUCACUUACCAACGUGCCUCACACUACUCACCCUCUACACUGGAUCUCAGAGUGUUGGCAUCUUUUAAGCUCCCGGCUUAUGAGGAAGUUGCGUGCCGUCCCACAACCCCUCCACCUCCAUACAGCUCCAUCCUCAACCCAUUUGGACCGCCUUCUUCCCCACCCCCAUCACUGGAGGACACAGCCUCCCCUAGUACGGAGCCCUCCAGCUGUUGCUCUUGUAACUCAGACUGUGAGACUUCAGGCAGUAGCUCGUCCUUCUCUCUGCAGGUCACAGAUGAGACCGGGGCGAGCCAGGGAAGCACGGCCAGUUGGGAGGAGAGUCCGGAGGAGGAGGAGCAGGGGGCCAUUGGCAGGGGGGCUGCCUUCUCUUCCUAUGUGGACUUGUUUGAGGGAGGCAGCCAUAUCUUCUGGGCCAUUGAGGAGGAAGAGGAGGAGGAUGAUGAUGAGGAGGAAGAAGAGCGUUACAGACGGCGGAGGCUGACGGGGGACUCUGGGAUAGAGGUGUGCCGCUGUCAGAUAGUGGGAGAGGAAGAGGAAAGGAGCGACCCACAUGACAGUCCUGGGUGCGCAGAGAGAAAUAAAACAGAGGGUGGGGAGUCUCCAUUAGAGAAGGACGAGGUAGAGGCAGACUCACCUGUGCAGCCCGUAUGAACAGAUCAGGAGAAAUCUAAGGAUAGAAGGUGCACACCCAGGAGAUAAUGUGAGGUGCUAAUCUAAAUGAGGCUCCCCCUACAAGUCUUCAAGGUUAUAACGGACAAAAAAUCAAAAGAAGGAUUGCACACUCUAGCUCAAACAAAGUUUUAUUACAUCAAAAAAUGUUACAAAAAUAGUAGCAAAACAAAUUAGCCCAACGCGUUUUGAUCAAAGAAUGGUCUUCCUCAGGGGAAAACAAAAUGAAAAAUUAAAAGAAAAAAGCAGAACGAUUGUAAGGUCCAAGCAGGUUUUAUACCUUCCUUAGUAUUGUAUCCUUUCAUUGACAUUCAUGAUCCGGUAUCUGACGUCAUUUCCGCUUCCUCCAAGAGCUGAAGGUGCGGAGCAAUGUAUUGUGGGCGAUGAUCUGGAACGUAUAUGCCUUCCACCGUACUCCCUGUUGUGACAAUCGCUUGUGCUUGCUGUUAUAUUCAAUCUGAAUCAAGAAGAGUUACAGUAUGCAAUAUUCCUUUGUGCUUGGAAUUUCCAUAUGCUUUAAUAAAUAUAAACCAACAAAGGGUGACCGUGAUGUGGUACCCUAGGCAUCAAAUGAGGCACAUGUAUAUGCAGCAAUGUUAAACAAUUACACAAUAAAUGAACAGGCAUGCACAACAAUGUACACAAUGGAGACACAGGAAAAGUACAAUAAAUUAUAGGGUUAUUAUAUAAAUAUAAAAAAAUCUCAUUCAUAGGAACUUACGUCCGGCCGUCCUUAAAAGGGUGUUAAAGUCAAUAGUGAAAAUGUUGCAAAGAAAAGUUAAACUUCCACCUAAACUAAACGUGGUGGGUAUUGAGAAGUCCUAUGGCGUAGUCUGAGGCUGAGCAAUCAAUGGCUUAUCAUCUGGUCUGCAGAAAGCAAGAUAACAUAUCAGCAAGACCUGUAGGUGGAACAGUAUUCAAACAAAAUAUCCUUUCUGCUUCCUUCUCGAGUAAUAAUGUUUGUUUUUAUCAACCCUCCAGCAGAGGAAAAGACCUGAUCAGUGCCCGUUAGGAGCAGCGAGGAGAUAUUAUGAUUGUUCCUUUCAGUGUUGUAACAAUGGAGUUGUUUCCUUACUAAUCUCCUCCAAAAUCUUUUACUUUCUGAAUCGUUUUCCCUGUGUAAUAUAACGCCACAAAGGUGUAUUGGCAUGUAAUCCUCUGUUUAACAUUCAACCUCUGUAAAGGCUGUGGAGAGGCAAAAGAUUCUUCAACCACAUCAGGAGUAUUUCCCCUCUCCCGAAACCUGUCAGCCAUAGAUUGUAAAGAAUCGUCCAAUUCAUGUGGGUCUGAUAUGUUUGACCCUGGUCAAUUGGGAAUAGGGUACAACUUUAAUUGGUGAUAAAGGAGCUAAAGUGUGCCAUCCUUCUUUUGAUUAUUUUUUAAACAGAGCAGGAGAAUUGCAGGAAAAUGAUCCAAUUGCAGUUUCACCAAGGAAACAUCUGAUGUACAGAGGGGACCAACCAGAAGCCAUUUCUCUCACCCUGUCACUUAAUGUCUCUCCCACGCAUCUCUCAGCUGGUCAUUGGACAGCAGGGUGAAGAGAUGAGGGAGUUGUACCCCACUAGGGGAAUGGAUGGGUAAGGAGCAAGAAUAUGGAGCCAUGGUCCUGCGCAGUCUGUCUCUCAUGUCAGAGAUGAUAGAGACUUGGGUCCAUGGAGUCCCUAAUUGAACCACAAAUGUGUCUAUGAACUGGCACAACCCAUCAAUCCCCUGUGUCAUUCCAUCUUGGGGGAUAUUUAGAACUAGAGGUGUCUGUUAGUGAUGGGCUGUUAUGUCCUAAACUACUAAUAAAGGCUUUUUAAAUAAGAA